CCUCGCGUGCUCGUCCCCCGAUUACCUUUCCCUGGGUCUCUACGCACUUCCAUUAGAAAUCAACCACACUUGGGAAAGGCAAACAGCUCCGUUCGAUUCUCAGCUUUUUAAAAGUACUCAUUUGCUGUCCUUUUGAAACGGCUUCAAUCCCACAUUCUUCUUUCCUCAAUACAGCUUACUCUUCCCGGCUUUGGGAGAGCUUCCCCGCAUCUACCGCUGCACAGCAUCAUGCGCAUCACGGUAAGCGUUAUUCGCCCGGAUCAGGCCGAUGCCGAUAUUAUCUCCCUCGAAGUCGGGGCGGAUAUGACCGUCGAGCUCCUGAAAGCUAUUGUUGAAAGUGAAACCUCGAUACCACCCAACGCCCAGCGACUCAUAUAUAACAAUCAACUGCUCGGUGAUGACUCCUGUACGCUUGAGCAAGUCGGCAUAGGUGAAGGGGAUAUGCUCGGUGUCCAUGUGACGCUGCGAGCACCCCCCGCGCCCACCCGGAGCAUAGGAGGAUCCAGCUCUGCUGCCGCCCAACAAAAUUUGCAGCGACGUCAGGCUAUGACCCCAGAUCCCGAGACAAUUCGCCUACAUAUUUUGGGUGACCCUCGUGUGCGGGAAGCCGUCCGAAGACAGAACCCGGAGUUGGCGGAUGCUGCCAAUGAUGCGCAGCGGUUCCGCGAGGUCCUCACCCGACAACAAACCCGUGAAGCUCAAAUGGAGGCGGAGAAGGAAGCGCGGAUUGCCAUGUUGAAUGCCGAUCCUUUCAACCCCGAAAAUCAGAAGCAGAUUGAAGAGAUCAUUCGCCAGAAUGCUGUGACGGAAAACCUCCAUAAUGCAAUGGAGCAUCAUCCGGAGUGUAAGUCGGACCUGCAAGUCUUCAUAAUUUUCGGAGCUAGUCAUUAAACAUACAGCACAGCAUUCGGUCGCGUAACCAUGCUAUAUAUCCCUGUCGAGGUCAACGGCCACAAACUCAACGCUUUUGUCGACUCCGGUGCACAGGUCACCAUCAUGUCGCCAGAAUGUGCGACC